AUGUCUGCCCACUCGGGCUACGGCGGCGGCGGCUACGGUCCCCCGCAACAGCAAUUCCAAGGCAACUAUUAUCACAGACCCCAGCCUCCGCCCCAGCAAAGCUACAACGGCUACCCGCAGGGACUCCCUUCCCCUCAGCCCGGCUACGGCUAUAAUCACCCUCCGCCUCAGCAGCCGCCGCCGCCGCAGCAGCAACAGCAGCCGCAGUAUGCGUACCAGCAGCAACCUUCUCCUCCUCAGCCGUACGGCGGCCCCAGUCCCUAUGGCCAUGCGCCCCAGCAGCCAAAUUACACUUCACGGCCCAGUCCCGGUAUGCACCCGUCGCAACACAGUCCCUACCAGCAAGUACGACCCGGCCCGCCGGCUCCCCCGUCAGAGCCCCAGCACUUUGGGCAGGGCGCGCCCCAGGGCUAUGCCUUCAGAUACUCCAACUGUACGGGCCGGAGGAAAGCGUUGCUCAUCGGCAUCAACUACUUUGGCCAGCGGGGCCAGCUCCGCGGCUGCAUCAACGACGUUCGGAACAUGACGGCCUACCUCGUCGAGAAUUUCGGCUACAAGAGGGAGGACAUGGUCAUCCUGACGGACGAUCAGCAGAACCCCAUGAGCCAGCCCACCAAGCAAAAUAUUCUGCGCGCCAUGCACUGGCUGGUCAAGGACGCCCGGCCCAAUGAUGCCCUGUUUUUCCACUACUCGGGCCACGGUGGACAGACCAAAGAUCUUGACGGCGACGAGCCCGACGGUUACGACGAAGUCAUUUACCCAGUCGACUUCCGCCAGACCGGCCACAUCACCGACGAUGAGAUGCACAGAAUCAUGGUUCGGCCCCUUCAGGGCGGCGUCAGGCUAACGGCCAUUUUCGAUUCCUGCCACUCGGGAACGGCGCUCGACCUGCCUUACAUCUAUUCAACCCAGGGCAUUCUGAAGGAACCAAAUCUUGCCAGAGAGGCAGGCCAAGGGCUGCUCGGCGUCAUUUCUUCGUACAGCCAGGGCGAUCUUGGCGGUGUUGCCAACAACAUCAUGAGCUUUUUCAAAAAGGCCACGAGCGGCGAGGAAGCCCACAGCCGCGCCAUAGCCACCAAGACUUCCCCGGCCGACGUAAUUAUGCUGUCCGGCAGCAAAGACGACCAGACAUCUGCCGAUGCCACCAUCGCCUCCCAGGCCACCGGCGCCAUGUCCUGGGCGUUUGUAACUGCCCUCAAAAAGAAUCCCCAGCAGAGUUAUGUUCAGCUUCUCAACAGCAUACGAGACGAGUUGGCCUUGAAGUACACACAAAAGCCGCAGCUAUCCUGCAGUCAUCCCCUGAACACGAACCUGUUGUUCGUCAUGUAA